AUGUUGUCCCUAAGAGGAAAGCCCCUGGUCUAUCUGGUCACCGUCGUCAGCUCGACUGGCUUCUGCCUGUUCGGCUACGAUAAUGGCCUGAUGGGCCAGGUCAUCUCAGAGCCCAACUUCCUCAACAUGAUCGGAAAUCCAGACGCAGCCGUGCAAGGGCUUGCGGUAUCAUCCUACGAUAUCGGAUGCAUGGUGGGGGCGCUGGCUGCCGUGCUUAUUAGUGAGCAGAUUGGGAGAAGACGGACGAUCUUACUAGCUUGUGUUGUGCACAUUGUGGGAGACGUCGUCAACGCCUCCACCUUCUCCCUCGCCCAACUUUUGGUGUCGCGUAUCAUCCUUGGUAUCGGUCUCGGGCUCUUUACGAGUGCCUCUCCCGUCUGGCUGGCCGAGACCGCUACAGCGCAGAUGCGGGCUGUUAUGGUGGCCGUGCAGCUGACCUUCCUUAUUAUCGGCACGAACAUUGCCUACUGGGUCGAUUAUGGGCUUGGCUUCCUUGACAAUGAAAUCAGCUGGCGUGUGCCUUUUGCUUUGCAGGCCAUCUACCCCAUUGUGGCCUUCGGUUUUACUUUGGUGCUCCCGGAAUCCCCUCGAUGGCUUGCUUCCCACGGCCAUACUGAGGCUGCUGCCGCCGCUCUAUCGGCCUUCCGCGAUCUGCCAGAGGACCACGAGUUGGUCCAAGCUGAAUUUCAGGAUAUUGCUUCGGCAAUCGCUUUGGAAUCGGACGGUGGAUCAUGGGGAAGCUUGUUCCGCCAAGGCCCCAGUAAGGUGCGUACGCGUGUUAUUAUCGCCUGCGCGGCCAACUCGAUGCAAUCCUACACCGGGAUCAACUUUGUGGAGUACUACUUCCCUUUCAUCUUGACCAAUUCUGUCGGACUCGGUACCAAUCUUGCGAACCUUGUGUCGGGGUGCUCACAGAUCUGGUUCCUCCUAUCAUCCUUCGUGACCUGGUACUAUAUCAACAAGCUGGGCCGCCGCCGACUGUUCUGCCUGGGAAAUCUCGGGAUGGGGUGCUGCAUGAUUGCGGUGUGUAUCACUCUGUGGAAAGACAGUCAAGUGUCAGUCAUCAUCACUGUCGUCUUCUUCUUUCUUUACCUCUCCUUUUUCACAUGGGGAUGGAUGUCGAACAUGUGGACCUAUCCUGCUGAGAUUCUACCACUGCAUGUUCGCAGUAAAGCGCUGGCACUCUCCGUCUUCUUCCAAUGGGCCAAUCAGUUCUGGACGGUGGAAAUUGCGCCCGUCACGAUUGACAACAUCGGCUGGCGGACAUAUAUCAUCUGGGCCAUUCUUAACUUCGUUUGCUGCGUGAUUGUGUAUUUAUUUUUUCCGGAAACGUCGUCCCUCACGCUCGAGUCAGUCGAUUUCCUAUUUUCCUCGUCCAACAACAUCCGCGAGGUGGUGGCGCGCAGCGAGGAGAUCUAUUUGAAUCACUCCCAUCUUGAUGUUGGAGCUGCUGCGGCGGCGGCGGUGGGCGGAGACGGCAAGGAAAAGGCCUUGGAAGACGGGGUCGCACAAGUGACGCACGUCGAGACACACAUGGCGGUGUAG